UGUCUCAAUGGCCGUGGUACCAGCCUGGGCCCCGACGGUGGCCUUCACGCUUCUGCCCCAUGCAGGAGGAGUUUUGGGAAGCAGGAUAACCAAAAAGGAAAUCCCAGUGUGGUAUGCAUCUCUCCAGAAGCCAUCCUGGUGUCCACCUAACUGGGUGUUUGCUCCUGUUUGGGGAACUCUCUAUACAUUUAUGGGGUAUGGCUCCUACAUGGUGUGGAAGGAAUUAGGGGGCUUCAACGAAAAGUCCGUGGUUCCUCUGGGUCUGUAUGCAGGGCAGCUGGCCUUAAACUGGGCAUGGACUCCAAUAUUUUUUGGAGCUCAUAAAAUGGGAUGGGGGCUGGUGACUCUCCUGCUCACAACUGGUACGGCAACAGCCACAACUGCUUCCUGGUCUAAGAUCAACAAGACAGCAGCUUAUUUGAUGGUUCCUUAUUUAGCUUGGCUAGCCAUGGCUUCUGCACUCAACUACCGCAUCUGGAAGGACAAUGGCAGCAAGAAACAGGCUGAAUAAACACUUUGCAGUUGGGAUUUCA